GCUGGGGAUCCUCGGAGGUCCUGGAGGCGGCAUCGUCGGCGGCGGUGGUGGUUCAGGGCUGGUCGGCAUUUGCGGUACCACGACCACCGGCUCUCUGCAGACGCCAUCGGAGUACGUUGUGUCGGCUGCGGCUGCUGCAGCGGCGGCGGCAGCAGCUGCUGCAUCAGCAUGCUAUCUUCCAACUUCCGGGCUGGCUUUAACAGCCCCUCACAGUCAACCGUUAGUACUUGAUCCCACGAUGACACCUACCUCCGCUCCAGCCCCGGCUUCUGCUUCGGCCUCGGCUUCAACCCCGACAUCGGCGAUCCCGUCGGGUCCCAACAACCCCGUAGCGAUGAGUCAACUGGGAACCGUCUAUGCUACCAAGAGAAGACGCCGAAACGGGAAGAGUUUGAAGCCGCCACAAAAAGAUGGAGUGACCAAGUCGAAUCCUAGUAAACGACAUCGCGAACGUCUAAAUGCCGAACUCGAUACUUUAGCUUCCUUACUUCCCUUCGAGCAAAAUAUACUAAGCAAGUUGGAUCGGCUCAGCAUCCUCAGGCUCAGUGUUAGUUACCUUCGAACGAAAAGUUACUUCCAAGUGGUAAUGCAUAAGGACAAGGAGGAGAACUCUCACCAUGAUUCGCAUUAUCGAGCGAGGGAAUUGGCAGCGCUCGCUGCUUAUGACCAUCAUCAUCUCGAUGGCGAAAUGUUUCUCCAAUCUGACAUAGUCCACCAAAGUGUGUACGAAUUGGUGCACAGUGAAGAUCGUGAGGAGCUCCAAAGACAACUGAUGUGGAAUUCUUUUCUGCCAGCAGAGAGUGCAACCCUUCCUCUUCAUGAUGCACUCUCGCCGCAACACAGCCACCUUCUUGAACGAAGUUUCACGGUGCGGUUCCGCUGUCUUUUGGAUAACACAUCCGGUUUUUUGCGAUUGGACAUCAGGGGUCGUGUAAAAGUACUUCAUGGACAAAACAGAAAGACAGAAGAACCACCAUUAGCACUAUUUGCUCUAUGCACUCCAUUUGGACCACCUUCUUUGUUAGAAGUACCGCAGAAGGAAGUGAUGUUUAAGAGCAAACAUAAACUAGAUCUUUCACUCGUUUCUAUGGAUCAACGAGGGAAAAUGCUUUUAGGUUAUUCAGACGCAGAACUAGCAAAUCUUGGAGGCUACGAUUUAGUACAUUACGAUGACCUAGCAUACGUAGCCAGUGCUCAUCAAGAAUUAUUGAAAACGGGGGCAUCGGGGAUGAUUGCCUAUAGAUACCAAACAAAAGAUGGAGGCUGGCAGUGGUUACAAACCAGUUCAAGACUAGUGUACAAAAAUUCCAAACCUGACUUCGUUAUAAGCACACAUAGACCUUUGAUGGAGGAGGAAGGUAGAGACCUUCUAGGAAAGCGAACGAUGGACUUCAAAGUUAGCUACCUGGAUGCAGGACUAACGAACAGUUAUUUUUCGGAUAGUGAUAGCCUAACAGGAUCAACAAUGACUCCAACAAUUCCAACCCAACCAACUCCGCAGCGUGUAAAUAGGCGCUACAAAACACAACUUCGGGACUUCCUUUCAACCUGUCGUAACAAACGCACCAAGCUAACGAAUCAGUCUUCGGUAUCUCCACCAGUGACACCAACAGUCACGUCUGUUGAUUACCUGACAGGAGAUACAAGUGCUGCAGCUGCUGUUGCUGCAGCUUAUAGUAAUCUGAAUCCAAUAUAUGCAACUCCAUAUGCCCCAGGUGCUGUUGCUACUGCUACCGAUCCUUCUUUAACCACUUACAUUGGUCACACCAGCAAUUACCAUCAAACUCUCUACCCCACGACUGCCUUAGAUAACAGGUACCUAACAGCAACGGAGAAUCUCUUCCAAUACCGACCCCUAGGUUCCUACUACCCUGAGUACCACACCACCACUGCAUAUAAUGGUUUUAUAGACGUAUCUCUACCAACAUACGACAGUCACCAACUAGGGAACAAAACCGAAGAAAAGUUAUACUGCCAACAGUUAAGUGACUCGCCAAAAUACAGUUACGCAGACACCCGACAUCCAGGAAGUGUUGGAAGUUCCCCCUAUGCAGCGAGUCCGGCAACAGCUGGUCCAAUUCACAGCACAACUGACAUAAAUGUUAUCAGGGCCAGCAGCAGACAAUCCUUAGAAGGUGCAUCAUCUAGCAAUUCGGCAGGAAGUUCUCCAGUUUCAGCAGCGAAUGGAGUCCUGACUCCAAAAAUGGAGGACGUCAAACCUGAUAUUUAUGGCAGUGAAACUCCUCGACAAACUGUAUUGAUGUGGGGAGCGCCGCCAAAUCGCACCUCUCCAAAGAAUAAUGGCAGUUACAGUCCUCCCACACCUUGCUCUACAAGAUCUUCGCAUUCUGUGAAUGCUCCUGGAUCAGCAAACUCUAACAGUGGAGAUCCGCUGAAAUCUCUGGCCGAAAUGAAUUCAAUUAAUGGAGAUUGUAAGUGGAAGAGAACCUCGCCCUCGAUUCAAACAGCUCCUAGUCCACCCCGGCUUAAAGCUCAACAGCAUCAACAACAAGUUCAGCAACCACCUCCACCACAACUGCAAUACCCUGUUGUUACGGCUGCGCAUUAUGGGGCCACUGCUGCUGGAUACACCCACGCUCAUCCUGGUCAUAGUCACGGGGAUACGGGCUCCGAGGUAUGGCAAGGAGUCCAACAUCACCAUCACUACCAGUACUAUCCCUACCACCAUCACCACCCCGCACCACCAAGGCACACGUCCCACACGUUGCCAUCAGCAGGGGGAACGGGUGCAGGGAUGGGCUUGGGCAUGGGCAUGAACAUCUCCAUACCCAUGGAAACGGACACCAUCAGCAGCAACAACAACAACAACAACGUCACCUGCAUCACCACGAUGACCACAACCACACAGCAACAACAUCAACAACAACGUCUUGUAUUACCCAGCCCAUCAUCAUGUGGUGGGGUCGUCGGGAUCAAUGAUGGGUCCGGUUGCCUCACAGAUUCAAAACCGGACGCUGGGAGUCCUUUGCUGUCCAUCUCUGAGGUGACUAACACCCUACUCAACCAGUAG